AGUCAAGACUUCAGAUCCCUACAAAGUGAUUCCGUCAGAGUUUCUGUUACUGUGAUCCUGCCAAAUCCCACCCUCUCAUCAAACACUGGUGGUGCAGUAACCUGGGGUCAAGAUGUUAGCAUCACUUGUUCAAUCCCAACUCAGCAUUUAGGUGGAACAUUCACUCUGCAGCAGACCUCAGGCUCAUUCAGGAAAACCCAAACAUCAAGCACAAACUCUGCUGUCUUCAGAAUCCCUGAAGUGAAUUUCAAUAAUGAGGGAUUGUAUCAGUGCCAGUAUCAGACAAGGGUUUCAGGGCGAGAAUUCAGCUCCCCUCAAAGCAGUUCUGUCAGAAUAUCUGUUACAGUGAUCCUCCCAAAGCCCAGUGUCUUCGUGAUUCCUGUGGGGAAGGUGACCUGGGGACAUCGUGUUAGCAUCACUUGUUCAAUCUCAACUCAGCAUUUAGGUGGAACAUUCACUCUGCAGCAGAGCUCAGGCUCAUUCAGGAAAAGCCAAACAUCGAGCACAAACUCUGUUACCUUUAACAUCCCUCAAGUGACCUUCAGUAAUGAGGGAUCAUACCAGUGUCAGUAUCAGACAAGGAUUUCAAGCCGAGAUUUUAGUUCACCCCAGAGCGACCCUGUCAGAGUUUCUGUUACUGUAAUCCUUCCAAAGCCCAGCAUCUCCAAGAGUCCAGUUGGAGUGUUGACCUGGGGUCAAGAUGUUAGCAUCACUUGUUCAAUCUCAACUCAGCAUUUAGGUGGAACAUUCACUCUGCAGCAGAGCUCAGGCUCA